AUGAGUAGCUAUAAAUUAGCCCGUAGGAGCUUCACCUUGAAACUCUUAGCUACUCUACACGAGAGAUUGAUCGUGAAAAGUGUCGACCGAGAUGGCAUCCCUCGGACGGCUGAAUUCCUCGACAAUGACUCGCUAAGGCCUACAAGGGUACAAGACCGAACAUGGACUCAGAUCACUUACUUGGCCUUUUGGUUCUCGGCAUCGGGAAAUGUGAGCAAUCUCUACGCUGCUUCCACUGGCUUGACGGUCGGAUUGUCCAUGUGGGAGUCAAUUAUCUGUCAAUUAGGUGGACAGAUCUUGGCAGGCAUUCUCAUGGCUCUGAAUGGUCGCGCUGGUGCUUUGUAUCGCAUCCCUUUCCCUGUUCUCUGUCGGUCUAGUUGGGGUUCACUUGGGGCUCUUUGGCCUACGUUUAACCGUGCAGUAAUGGCCAUUGUAUGGAACGGUGUCAAUGCUGUCCAGGGUGCGCAGUGUCUGAAUGUACUGCUUCAUUCCAUCUUCCCAUCGAUGGCGAACAUUCCUAAUACCAUGGGCGCCAAGUCUGCCCUUACCAGUGCAGGAAUGAUAUGCUUUUUCGUGUUCUGGUACUUGCAUCCAUCCAUGUUGGCCGUCUUGUUUCUUAACUGCGCAUUUCUAUUUAUCCCUAUCCCCAAGAUGAGGAUACUAGUAUAUAUCAAAGUGGUAGCUUAUUAUAGUGCCACGGUCGCUAUGCUGGCUUGGACACUGUCUUUAUCUGGAUCUUCCAAGCACACACUUCGGUCGCAUUCAACAAUCCACGGUACCGAAAAGUCCUGGAUGGUUGCCAAAUUCUUCUGGCUAGGGCUUGCAAGCGUUGCCACCUUUGUCUCCAAUGCUGCCGAUCUCCAGCGAUAUGCUAGACGGCGGAAUGAUGUUAUCUUGGGGCAAGUGUUCAGCUUUCAUGUGGCCAACUUUAUCAUUGCCAUCAUGGGCUGUGUUAUCGCUGCUACCAGUGAACCUAUAUUUGGAGAGCUUAUAUGGAACCCCAUUAGUAUUCUCGAACGUCUCAUGGAAGGUGAUCGCUAUACAGCUGGGAACCGAUCGGGUUGCUUUUUUUAUCUCUCUUGGGUUUGUCUACUCAACUAUCUUCACCAAUAUAUUCGAGAACUCCAUACCGUAAGUCUAUUUUAUGUCCCCUUUGCAGCUACUCACUAUGAUCUAAUUCACACGCAGAUACUAUCCUACGCCAUUUGUCCUUGGUAUUUACUGCCAUCAGCCGCUGUUUUCAUUAAGUUUCUCUCCUCCUAUCAGAUCUUUCUCUCCGUCAUUGCAGGAAUCCUACUCUGCGACUAUUACCUGAUUCGCCGAGGCCGCCUUUGUAUCCCAGAAUUGUACACCAUGAAUCCAGAGGGUCGCUACCAUUACCUGCGCGGAAUCAAUUUCCGUGCCUUCGCAGUGUAUUUAGUCUCAAUAGCCACAAGCUUUUAUGGAUUUCUGAGUCAGCUGGGUGUAAAGGCGCCGCUAUCUAUUCAACGGUUCUAUUACGGCUCGUACCCGACGGGGCUGUUGAUUGCAUUCCUUGGUUAUCAUUUAUCAUGCCUUUGCUUCCCUAUCGUGGGAAUGGUGCGAACUCGUGGCUGGUACGAACCUAGAGAGUAUAUUGAUGUCCAUGAUUCAGCCAGAGAUGACACCACAAUGGAUUUUGAUGGUGUUGAUGUCUCCAGGCGGGAGAGUGAUGCAUUUGAUUCCGUUGCUGCAGAAGGUAUAAAAAGAGACGAAGAUAUGAAACGGGCUAUCGCAUGA